AUGGCUCCAAACAACAGAGGCAACCUUUUCUUUCGUAUUUUCGAAUACAAGACCGAAAAAUUUGUUGUUGUAACAAAUAAGAAAGUUGGGGUGUUGUUUAGACUGUUUCAGCUGGCCGUAAUCGGAUACCUUAUCGGUUGGGUUUUCAUAUGGAAUAAGGGAUACCAGGAGAAGGAGGAGACAGUCCAGAGCUCGGUUAUGACAAAGCUGAAGGGCGUCACAUUCGCCAACAGCUCAAAGACUGGUCUUUCCAUGUGGGGACCAGAGGACUACGUCAUCCCAUCCCAGGGGACUCAUGUCUUCUUUGUUGUAACAAAUUAUAUUGAAACACCAAACCAAACACUUGGUUUCUGCCCUGAGAAUACAAAAGUCCUAGAUGCUAAUUGCUUGCAUGAUACAGACUGUGCAGAAGGGGAAACGGUUGCUCGUGGCAACGGUGUGAAGACUGGACGCUGUAAUAAUGGGACAAAGACCUGUGAGAUACAUGGCUGGUGCCCUGUCGAGAGCAGUCACAUACCACCUGAGCCUUUACUCGGAAAAGUGGAAAACUUCACGAUCUACAUCAAAAACUUCAUCAAGUUUCCAAAAUUCGACGUAACCAGAUCUAACGUGCUGGACACCACGAAUGACUCCUAUCUGAAGACAUGUACCUACGACAAAGUGCAGCACCCUCAUUGCCCCAUCUUUCGGGUGGGAGAUGUAGUCCGCUGGACGGGUUACAGUUUCAUGGAUCUGGCCGUGCGGGGUGGGUCCAUUGGAAUUGCAGUAGACUGGAAUUGUGACCUGGAUAAAGACUACUCCCUGUGUGUACCUCAUUACACUUUCAGUCGUCUGGACUUGCAGGGAGACUCAAAAGCUUCGGUGAAAUCUGGUUAUAACUUCAGAUAUGCCCAGUACUUUAAAGAUGAGAGAGGGACGAUCCAUCGUACCCUGUUUAAAGUGUUUGGGAUUCGAUUUGACGUCAUGGUGGAUGGAGAGGCAGGACAAUUCAGUAUCAUCCCCACUGUGGUUAAAAUAGGCUCUGGGCUUGCUUUAAUGGGCAUUGGAACAUUUCUCUGUGACAUUAUCCUUCUCUAUAUCACCGGAGAGAGUUCCGUCUACAGAGAGAGGAAAUUUGAGUCCAUGAAAAAAACACAGAAGAAAGAGGGUCGCACAGCAACAGCCUGUCCCGACAAUCUCGUCUCCGACUGCCCCCAAAAACAGAGAGCAUCAAAAGAAAAACAUGCCGUUAUCCUCAGCAUCGAGAAAAAGACCUCUGAGGGUGGAAUCAGAUGUUACUCUUCCUGUGGCUCAGGGCCUACAGCCACUGAAAAACUCUGUCAUACACCGACCCCGACUCCGACCCCGACUUCAGAUCAUUUGCCUCGACAUUCCCAAGACACACUCCGUGGUCGAAAAGUACUUGAAAGCCUUUUUGUGCUUAAUGGGUAA